GAGUGGAAAUUGACGUCGCCGUCGCGUGUGCUUGCUAUGAUGAGAGCGUUAGUUUUAAUUGUUUUUGCACAUUUUAUUGUGAACUCUUUGGGUCAAGUACCUAUUAAAGAGGCCAAAUCAAUAGAAUCAUGUCAAAACACUCGAUCGAUAGUUUUAGCCAUAAACUUGGUGGAUGAAGAAUGCCUGUCUAAAUCCAAAAAUAACACAAGCUUUGCAGGUGAUAACGAAAACAGCAUCGAAAUGGUAAAAGUCGACAUGGAACCGUAUGCAGUGUGCUUACUGAAAAAAUCUAGUAUCCUAAACAAAGAGGGUGAGGUAAACUCGAAUUUUGAUAUAGUAAAAAUUGUCAAACACCUUUACAAAAAGACAGACGAUCGGAGCUUGGGUCUGGCAUUUAUUAUAAAAGCUCUUGAGAGAUGCAGAAACUCGCGAGGAAACAACCAAUCGACGACAGCAGCGAAAAUUAUAAAGUGCCUACUGGACAAUCAAGAAACUAUAAUUUGGUGCGAUAAUAAAAAGUUUUGAUUGUACGGAUGUAUAAUUUUUAUAUCAAA